AAAAACAAGAACUGGCAACACAUCACCGGUUAUUGCGUCAUGAAUCAAGAUGUCUGCUUUCGGUAGAACGUGGAGGAAGAUGAGUUUUUCCAAAAAAUGCUUUAUUUGGUACUAUUCUCAUAGUCAAUUCAGGAAUUAUAGGAUAGUGUGGAAAAUACAGCAAAAUGGUCCUCCCAUUUUAUCUAACUAUGGCUAUCAGCCACAGCUACGACAGUUCAGUAGUCGGCCAAAUAGAAAUUUUAUAUCACAGUUUGUCGAUAAUCUUCGCCAAGAAUUAUCUAAAAACAAAGAAAUGAAGGAAAGUCUUAAAAAAUUUAGAGAAGAAGCAGAAAAGUUAGAGAAAUCAGAAGCAUUACAAAAAGCCAGGCGGAAAUAUGAAGCAAUUGAAUCAGAAACAACUAAAGGAUCACAGCAGAUUCUUGAACAGUUUGAAAUUAUAAAAGGAAAAAUUAAAGAGAGUUUAGAAGAAGCACAAAAGAGUGAAAUUGGAAAGAAAGGUAAAGAAUUAACUGAAGAAUUAGCUAAAUCUGCAAAAACUGCAGCCGAAUCAUUAGCCAAACAAGGAGAACAAAUUGGUAAAAGUACCCCAAUUAAAGUUGUAUCUGAAAGUGUAAAAGCAGUUAAGCAACAAAUUGAUGAAACUGCAUUUACUGGUCCUCGUGUAUAUAAAGCACCAAGUAAACUACAAAAAAGAACAGAAAGAACUCUAACUUCAUCUGGAAAAACUAUUCAAGAGAAUAAAGAUGCAAGUAGUGUUGUAAUGCAUAAAGAUUCUAAAUGGUUUCAGAGUUGGCAGAAUUUUAAGGAUAAUAAUCCCUAUGUAAAUAAAAUGUUUGAUUGGAAGAUGAAAUAUGAUGAAAGUGAUAAUCCAGUAUUGAGAGCAUCUAGAGUGGUGACAGACAAAGUAUCUGACAUUUUAGGUGGGCUUUUCCAGAAGACUGAAAUGUCUGAAGUUUUAACAGAAAUCAUAAAAACAGAUCCUAAUUUUGAUAAAGAUAAAUUUCUAAGAGAGUGUGAAGAUGAAAUAAUUCCAAAUAUAUUAGAGGCAAUGAUUAGAGGUGAUUUAGAAAUUUUAAAGGAUUGGUGUCAUGAAGCACCAUACAAUAUUCUUUCUACUCCUAUAAAACAAGCACAAGCUUUAGGAUAUAAAUUUGAAUCACGAAUACUGGAUGUUAGUAAUGUAGAUUUAGCUAUGGGAAAGAUGAUGGAACAAGGUCCAGUACUCAUUAUUACCUUUCAGUCACAACAAAUUAUGGUAGUUGUUGAUUCAUCUGGUAAAGUUGUGGAAGGAGAUAGGGAUAAAAUCAUCCGAAUGCAUUACGUUUGGGUACUGUGUAGGGAUCAAACUGAAUUAGAUCAUAAAGUGGCUUGGAAACUUAUGGACUUAUCUGCAAAUAGUGCACAACAAUGGUUGUAAAAUGAUGAGCCUUAAAUUAUAACUAGGAGCUGAAGAUUUCAGAAGGCCAGUUAAAUACAAGAUUUAAUGUUCCAGAAAAUAAAAAAUUAGUUCUGGCAGGAGAACUGAAUAUUGUAUCUACACCAAUAUUGCAAUGUCUCAUACUGGAUUAAAAUAUGAGAAUAUUUUAAUUUGAAAUUACACAUGUUAUGUUGUAAUUGUCUGAAUUUAAAUUUUGUAUAGUGCAGAUGUUUUAGUACUAGUAUUUACAACAAUAAAUGUUAAUUUAUAU